GAAGCCCCUGUGGACCAACACCGGCCUGCUCAUCUCCCUCACAGUCCAGACAGCCUUCCUUGGCUACUCCCUGUUCUCAGUGGACCCCUUCACCACAAAAGUCCAGCAGAUAGUCGGCUUUGACCGCCUCCCCCUGUCCCUGCGAGGCGUCUUAUUGGGCCUCAUGGGCGCAAACCUGGUGGUGGCGGUGGCAGCAGAGGCGCUGAGCGUGUAUGCGAUUCGGGGCAUCGAGCGGGUCGCGGC